AUGAGUUGGGACGGCGAUCCAGAGGACAGCCAGAGAGGGAACGGUGCACUCGUGGAAGACGAGGUGCGCCGGGAGGGCGAGGAGAUGAGGCAGGAUUCUUGGGGAGCCAUCGGGGAGUCCGGCCGUCCAUACAGAUACGACGUGUUCCUGAGCUUCCGUGGCAAGGACACGCGCAACGGCUUCACUGGCCACCUCCAUGCGGCGCUUGACCAGGGUGGAAUCGCCACUUUCAUAGACGAUGAGGAGCUCGGGAAGGGCGAGGAGAUCGCACCGGCGAUCCUUGGAGCCAUCGGGGAGUCGAGGAUCUCGAUCGUAGUGUUCUCGAAGAACUACGCGUCCUCUAGUUGGUGCUUGGACGAGCUGGUGAGAAUCCUCGAGUGCAGGGAUACGACGGGGCAGAUCGUGUGGCCGGUGUUCUACAGGGUGGAUCCAUCGGAUGUGAGGAGGCAGAGGGGGAGGUAUGGGCAAGCCCUAAUCGAUCACGAGGAGAGGUUGAAGUCGAACGGCGGGGAUCCGGAGAAGGUGAAGAGGUGGAGAGGAGCACUGACUAAAGCUGCUAACAUUUCUGGCUGGCGAUUGGUUCACGAGUAA